GCCUUACACGAUGGAUAUCAAAGAAUCCCAUCCUGUAAUAAUUUCUUUCAUCACGGAUCUUUACAUAGAUUUGAGGCCCUUAUCAUCUGCUCCUUACGAAACCUUUACACAACUGCCAAAUAUGGAUCAUGUUCAGUUGCAGAAAUUUGAAACGUCUUUAAGUCAAGCAACCGAAAGUAAAAAAUAUGUUAACAUUAAUUUGUUAUUUAUAACAGCUUUCCACAGAGGAAUGAUUCAAAUACCUGAUACAGCACCUGUGAGUUCAACGCGUAGGACUGUUUCUGGUGUUUAUUCAAAGCCUGUAAUUGGCGUUUUAGACGUAGUUGAGGAUCCUUACUAUGUUGGAAUUCAUGAAUGUCCGAUAUUAGCAUCAUUGAUUGAUAAAGAUAUAACAAAUAUAACUGAUAAGAAAGAAUUAAUUGAAAAAAUAGAAUAUUUGCAACAAUAUUUGCGAAAAGAUUAUGCUAAAGCUCUUUUGGUAAACAAGCAAG